AUGGAACAACCGUUUAGAAUUUUUAAUAAUCCAUUGUUUGAUGUUUUGGAUAGUGAUUAUGAAAAAAUAAAUAAAUGGAAAAAUAUACCUUAUAAUGAGAAUAAAAACCAAUAUAAUAAUAGACAAUGCAAUAAUCACAAUAGUGAAAGAAGAAUUAGUAGUGGGGGAAUUAUCGGUAACUCAAAUAAUAGCAAUAGGACCAACAAUGUAAGUAAUAAUAGAGUUAACAAUGGUAAUAGUGGAAAUUAUGGCAACAAUGGUAAUAGAAAUAAUGGAAAUGGAAAUAAUAAUAAUCAAAAUGGUGGUGGAGGCAAUAAAGGAAACAAUGAUAAUAAUAGAGGAAAUGGAAACUAUCAAAACAACAACUAUGGUUGUAGACCUCCUAUGACCAUUGAAAGGUAUAAACAGUUGGAUUUCAGUGGGAUAGUUGUAUAUUUGAAUCAGAUUUCAAAUGAUUUAAGGUCAGCCAUCCCUAAGUUCACAGGAAAUGGAACUGAUUCUAUAGAACAACAUGUAAUAAAUGUAAAAAAUACCAUUGAAGAAUUUGAAGUCGCUUAUGAAGUUGUUUUUAUGAAACUGUUUGUUCAGUCUCUAACAAAGGAUGUAGGAGAGUGGUACAAAAAUCUUCCUGAUAGUGCUUUUGAUAGCAAAACUCACUAUGAGAUUCUAUCUCAUAAGCCUACCACCUUGCAGCAAGCAUUUAAGACAUCCACUACCAUUGAAAAUAAUAGAAAAGCUAUUGGGAUAAUUGGCAAGAGAGAUGAUCCAAAAUUAUAUAAUCCCAGAGCAACGAAAAAGGAUAAGUUUAGCCAAAUCAUGGACAUGCUGAAAGUUAUGAACGGUAAGCAAAAUCACAAUGAGAAGCCACCCCAUAUAGAAGCAACAAGCCAAUGA